AUGAUUUGUUUUUAUUAUUUAAGUUUUUCUCUGCUCUCCGCAGUUUUGGUGAAUAGUGCUUUAAUUCCCAAUAAUAGAGUUAUUGUCAAUAAUGAUUCUGACGAUUAUACUUUGGUAGAGGGAGUUACUUAUAAUAUUGUACAUUUGAGGUCCCAUAUGAAUUUAAAUGACGACGGAAAUUAUGAUAUAUACGCCAAAAAAUCACCUUCAUAUUGGUCCAUGCGGAAAGUUUACGGUAGUGUGUAUAACAUCGUUGAAUUGAUUUCUGGCAGGUAUUUAGACAGCAAUUCUGACAAAGUUUAUACCAGUACACCGGAAGAAAAUAACCCUUAUCAACAUUGGGAAUUUACAAAGGUUGAGAAUAAUACGUAUAAUGUUGAGCAUUUGAUGUCUCAAUAUCGGAAUUUAGAUAGCAAUGGUAAUUCGGUAUAUAUUGGAGCAAGUAACGACGAGAAUAAUCCUUUUCAACGCUGGUCAUUUGAACCUGCAAAUUAUAAAUUGAACGCAUUAGUGACAGAAUUUGCAUACCCUUCAGAUUUAAAGGAUAAACUAGAUCAAUAUAAAAAACGUACCAAACUUUUACUUAGUAAUAUUACAAUCAAGAACCCAACAAAUGCAACGAUAACAACAACCAUUGAAAGGACCGAAAAGAAAGUGAAUAGUUAUGCUCUGGAGAUUAAAAAGUCGGAAUUCUUAG